AUGGCUCCCGUGUUACUGCAGUAUGGUCGAUUGACCCAACAGCUAAUUUUUUCCGUGAGCAUUAUAUGCCUUGGCUCCCUCCAAUUUGGAUACCACAUGGCAGAGCUCAAUUCUCCCGAAUUAGUCUUGUCAUGUAAGCAAUCCAACCCUGGACCAGUGCCAUACGACGAGUCGUUCUUUGGUAUACGAGGAUAUCGUCAAUGCAUUCCUAUGACGCCUGAUCAGAUUGGAUUGGUCACUUCAAUUUUCUCUAUUGGUGGAUUGAUUGGUUCGUUUUAUGUGGGGUUUCUUGCUGAUAAGUACGGCAGAAAAUUAGCAAGCUAUUUACACUGUGUGUUGUAUAUCUUGGGCUCUUUGCUAAAUGGAUUGAGCAAUACUUAUUUGAGUUUGCUUGUAGGUAGGUUUAUUUGUGGCUUGGGUGCAGGUAUGGCAUUGGUUAUAACUUCGAUAUAUAUUAAUGAAGUGGCACCUUCCAACGCAAAGGGCUUAUUGGGUUCAAUGAACCAGGUAAGCAUUAAUGUUGGGAUAUUAUUUACGCAAUUGCUUUCUCUCAAGUGGUCAAAUGAUAAUGACUGGAGAUGGCUUUUGAUUACCGCCGCGGUAAUAGCAGGGAUAAAUGUUGUUGUGUUAUUUGCAUAUGUGCACGAGUCACCAUUGUGGUUGGUAAGUCAGGGUCGCGAAGGCAAUGCAUUUACGGUCUUACAUAAAUUAAGAGGCGGCAGUUAUUCCGAUGUAACACAGGAGGUCAACAGCUGGAAAGUAGGAGUAAAUAAUAAUGGAGAAGAGUCCAACUCAGUUUUUGAUGAUGGCGAUUUAGAGAGCAACAACAGAGCCAAUACCAUUAGUGGUAAUGAUAAUGAACAGAAUAUUAACGGUAAUGAUGAUAAUGGCAAUAAUAAGAAUAACAAUAACAAUAACCUUGAUGAAACUGAUGCUAAUGGCACUGCUGCUACCAAUGACGCUGAACAUGUUUUCGCUCAACAUAGAUCUAAAAACACAACUGUUACACUCAAAGAAUACAUCACUUUACCAGAGUUUAGAAAUUCGAGAAUUGCAUCUACGGGAAUAUUGAUCUUACAACAAUUUGAUGGAAUCAACUCCAUAAUCUUUUACGGUGUUUCCGUCCUUGUGGCUAUUUUCCCCAAUCACUCCAUUGUUAUCAACUGUUUAAUCUCAUUGGUAAAUGUCGUGGUGACAUUUGGUUCGGCACAAUUGGUGGACAGAUUGGGAAGAGUUCCAUUAUUGUUGAUAUCGGUGUCUUUCUUGGGGCUUGCUACAAUCCUAAUGGGCUUUGGCAUUAUAUGGACUAACGAGUACUUGUCAAUAAUUGGAACCUUCACAUACAUCACUUUCUUCGCUAUUGGGUUGGGACCCAUCCCCUUUUUGCUAGUGGGCGAAGUGACGCAACCGCAAGCCAAGGCUUCAGCUCAAAGUUUCGGAACCAGUUUAAACUGGAUCGCCACAUUCAUAGUUGGUUAUCUGUUCCCUGUAUUGUUGCAUGCAAUUGGUGGAUAUGUAUAUUUCAUAUUCACCUUGAUGUGUUGGUUCAGCAUUUGGUUCAUCAAAAAUUACGUGCCUGAAACCAAAGGUAAACAUACUUACAGCAAAGUCUGGGGUAUUGAACAUACUAGUUAA